AUGGAGCUGCCAACUUCACGAUUCGUCUCAAUCGACUCUUCGUCUGCACUUUCCUUACCUUAUCCAAGUAUCAUGACUUGCAGUCAGUACGAUUCGACAAUACACUCGUACAACAACAAAGAAUUUUACGCAACUUCCGGCUACAUGAAUGAGUCACAUCUGUACGGUACAGCGGCCGACUGCGAACAACGGGAGACGGAUCUGCUCCCGACUGAGCUGAGCGCGCAUUCCACCGAAUAUAUGCACAACAGGACUUCGACAACCUCCUCGGGAUCCUGUUCAUCCACAGACGAGGCACCGUCUCUCCGAACACCGGGAGUUCACUCAUCUGACUUGCGCACAAGCAGUGUGUUGUCGUCUAACAGUGUUCUUCACCGCUGUUCUAUGGAUGCAGAUGAAACCAGGCAUGACAUUCUGAAGGCAAACGAAAUGGGGGAUAAAUGUGGAACCGGUAGGACCGCGAGCCCGAGUUCCCUGAUACAUUGCACACAAACUAACGUUUUGAUUGGCAACCCAGACGGGAUUUAUGACAUCAAGCUGAAGUCCGACGAACCUGAUGGUGCAGAGCCGUACUCUCCGGAAAAUGCAAACACAGAACCCCACAGGUCCUCUGUGGUGGACACAAAUUUUGGUCAAACUUUUCCGGACAUCCAGCAGCAGGACUGCACUGACGAGGCCCCCGAGUCCGAACUAGUGAAGCGGUGGGAGGCACUUAACAUGCUGCAGCAUGAAUCGGUUUCCGGGAAAAACAAGCGUAAUGUUGAGCAAACAAAUAUCACAACGUCAUGUUCCACCGCACCAACCUCACACACACCCGAACUGCACUCGUCCACCACUAGCAUGGUUUCCAUCGUACCACCCAUUUCCCCGCUAUCUGGUGAAGGUGAACAGAUGGAUAUGAGUGGUACUCAUUUGGACAACUCGAAUGCUUCCAUUCAACCGGCCUAUCGGAUUGCUUUAUCUCUUACGGCAAACUUCUUUCCGACAAUCACGCACGCGAACAGUAGCACCCCACGAGAACCAACCCUGUGGAAUGCAAUUAAUUAUCAGACAGGUACGGAAGUACAAAGUACGGACUCAAGGAUGGCUAAUCUAACCGAAUUUUAUUCAAAUUCGCAUGGCUUCCAGCUAGAACCAGCAGCCUCCUACUCAAAUCUGAUGAGUAGUGUCCAAACAAAGGUGGAACCACAUUUGUGUGGCUCUUCUUCCGAACAGAGAGCGACAGACACUCAUUGCCAUAAUUUGGGAUUUAGGCAUCCGUUUUUGACAGAAGCUAGGCAUUACGAUACAGCACCAAGUAAUCCAUAUUACUUCGGGAUGGACUCGGUUCAGUCGGAAAAACUCUUCCCCAGUCAUGAGGAAAUCCUCACUCAUGGUGCUCUCACGACACAUCCAUAUGAACACCAAUCAUUGUUCAAUUUCCGCAAUGAACGGGGCUACCCCAUACCUCGGAGUUUCACUCAUCCUCCUGUUCCGACCAAUCCACCUGUGAAUGAGUACAAACCAUUUACCACGGAUUUGUACCGUACCAACGGAAUCGAGGAUUAUUCGGUCACGUGCAAUCAGUAUGCCAACUUACCCGUGAACCCCAUUCGAACCAAUACGCAAUCCCAUCCGAAUUCUGUUUGUCUUUCCCCGAAUUUCUCCAAUCCCGGAUCUGGAGCAAGAACAGCCACGCGUAUGGACUACCAGUGUGUUGGAUCUGGGGGAAUAGCAGAGAGGCCACUGCCAGACGACAGAAUGGCUGCAUUUAUGGCUGCAGCUGCGGUUGUAGCACGAACUGCCGGUGGAACACCAAAGCACGCCCCGUUUUCCAGCAAUCAUCCGUCACGUCGACAGAUGGUCUCAUUCGACCCAGGCUCCUAUGGAAUUCUCGGACAUUCCAACGACUUACUGAUGGCCACGGCCGCUGCUUCCGUUCAUGAUUCAAAUACGAAUAGUGAACUGAAUAUCGAUCGUUUGUUUGAAAGCUCCCAAAGUAACUUACAUCAGUCUAGAUUUCUUUUGAAUUCCACAGGCUCACAGAUACGUAGACAACGACGUGAAAGGACCACUUUCACAAGACACCAGCUACUGAUGCUGGAGGAACUUUUUUCCAAGACCCGCUACCCGGAUGUGUAUGUUCGGGAGGAACUGGCACUCAAAUUGCGCCUUCCCGAGUCACGAGUUCAAGUAUGGUUUAAGAAUCGUCGGGCCAAAGGGAGGAAUCAACAAAGACAACGCGAUUCCGGCGAAUCAAAUAUCGAUUCUUCCAACUGUCGGUACAGCACUCCGAAAUGA